GAGGUUUCAUUCCGCCAAAUUGACCGGUGACGACGACGUGGCAACCUUACCACGUGUAAAAGCGUCUACAACUGUAUUGUUCUUUCGUCUUUCCGUCUCUCUUUUUCACCUUCUCCUCCUCCUCCUUGAUAUUUCUCUCUCUCUACUCUUAACAAGAUAGAUAGAUAGAUAGCCAAAAUGGUUGGUGACUACAGAGAGAACUAUAGCCCAAGCUCCGACGGUUCCUCUUCUGUAGAGGAAGAGACGACUUCUUCAAUGUACUCCGCGGGGAAAGAGGAUAAGCCUACAGAAUGGACCGACGAGAAGCAUAGUUUGUAUCUUAAAUCAAUGGAAGCUUCCUUCGUUGAUCAGCUCUACAACUCCCUCGGUGCGCUCGGUUCCAAAAUCAUCAACAAGGAUACUGUCGGACCGUCGACAAGGUUCGGAGAUGGUGGAAAACCGUCUGAAGAACAGUUCAAGGUUCUUCGUGAUGGUUUCUGGCAGAAGAUGAAUGUGAGGCAGCCUGAGUAUCGUCUCAAUGGAAGACACGGUCGUGGUUCUCACGAGUUCCUUAGGAGUCCAUGGAUCAAGCACUAUAAGCCUUCACCAAAGACCCUAACAGAUAGAGGUAGUUCCGAGCUUGAAAAUCAAGUUGUUAGCUCAAAGGGGAUAGUCAUAUGCAGCUCUGGUUCAGCAUCGAGUCUCAAGCAGAUCUUACGAGAAGGCUGCUCCUCUCAUUCACGUGACCGGGAUCAAAUCAGCCUGGGAGAAGAAGCAGAAGUAUCUGACCAGAACUUUGUCAAUGAAGUAACAAAAGGCCAAAACGGAAGCUCCAAGAAGAUGAAGACAGUGAUAAGUGAAUCGUCUAGUACUGAUCAGGUUGUUCCACUCAGAAAAAGUCCUGCAAACAUGAUCACUUAAAUUCUAAGCCCGUGGCUGGGUGAGGUCAUUGAAGCUGGUUACGCAAGGAGAAUUUUGUUAUGUUUAUAGAAUUUGAGUAACUAAAAUUAAAAAAGAAGUCAGCUUACUAUGAUUAGUAGUUGCAUGUGUCUUCAUCAUAUAACCCUAACUAUAAAUAUUUUAUAUGCGCAUGUGAGUGGAUUCAUAUGUAAUGUGAACCUUUUAUUUGCAUCAAGUUACUUAUUAGUUUUUUAUUGUUUA